GGUUUCUUCUGGCUCCUUACAACUCAUCGAAGCUCGUCGGUCUAUUCCGGGUGACCGUAUGACCACAAACGAAGGCUGUUACGCAAUGAAAUUGGGCAAAGCUUGCAUAAAGACUGAGAAGUCUGGAAGCAGCAGCUACAUCUGGUAACGGUCGAAAGCUCUUCCAACUCAUCUGAGUCACAGACAGCAAGAAGUUUGGUGUGAGUGAAACAAUCUGUGAAGAUGACGGGAUGCCAAUCAAUAACAUCCAUCGACGUCUUAGACGAUUGACCGAGUUUUUCGAGGAACAGUUCAACUGGUCUGCUGCUCCGGCAACAUCGGUCAGAUUGUCCUGUCCUCCACGACCGGUGACAAAUGAUCCACCUAACGAGGCGGAAGUCCACAAAGAACUUCAACUCUUGAAACGCUACAAAUCACUGGGUGAUGAGAUCGAUGCACGUAUAAUGAAAGCUAGAACGGCUUAUUACAAUCUACGCUACCUUUGGCGCCUUCGUGAUGUUAAUCUAGCUUUAAAAGGUCGAAUCUACAACGCGUUAAUGAGAGCAGUUCUUCUGUAUGCUUGUGAAACCUGGUCACUCUGAGUUGAGGAUGUUUAUUUUAUUUAUUUAUUUAAAC